CUUUCCGAUUCUGCCUCCUUAAGUCUCUCAUUUCCUUCUCUGGUUGCCAUUGCUUUUCUUAAUUUCUUAACAAUCAAGUAUGUGGCCUGUUAGUCUCUGCAUUGCAGCUAUGGUUGUGGUCACCAUUACACACUGGUUGUACAGAUGGAGGAAUCCUAAAUGCAAUGGAGAUCUUCCCCCUGGUUCAAUGGGUUGGCCGUUACUAGGUGAAACUAUUCAGUUUUUCGCCCCUAAUCGAACUUGGGACACCCCUCCCUUUGUCAAAGAGAGGAUGAAAAGAUAUGGCUCAAUAUUCCGAACCAGUUUGGUUGGGCGACCGGUUAUAGUCUCAACCAAUUCGGAUCUUAAUUAUAUGAUCUUCCAACAAGAGGGCCAGUUAUUUGAAAGCUGGUACCCAGAUAGCUUCACAGAGGUAUUUGGGAGACAGAAUGUAGGAUCUUUGCAUGGUUACAUGUAUAAGUAUCUUAAGAACAUGGUGCUAUAUCUAUUUGGUCCCGAAAGCCUUAAAAAAAUGCUUCAUGAAGUAGAAGAUGUGGCAACAAGAAACUUGGAGAAAUGGGCUGGCCAGGAGUCGGUGGAAUUGAAGGAAGCAACAGCAAAUAUGAUAUUUGAUCUAACUGCAAAAAAGUUGAUAAGUUACGAUCCAGAGAAGUCAUCGGAGAAUCUGAGGGAGAACUUUGUGGCUUUUAUACAGGGAUUAAUCUCCUUCCCUUUGAACAUUCCUGGGACAGCUUACCACAAGUGUCUACAGGGAAGAAAGAAGGCGAUGGCGAUGCUCAAGAACAUGCUAGAAGAAAGAAGAGCUAAGCCUAGGAAGGUCAAAAGUGAUUUCUUUGAUUACGUACUAGAAGAACUCGACCGAGGUGAUUCAAUUCUUACAGAAGCAAUUGCCCUGGACUUGAUGUUUGUACUAUUGUUUGCAAGCUUUGAAACAACUUCCCUGGCUAUAACAGUAGCAAUCAGGCUUCUGGGUGACAAUCCUCGGGUAUUGCAGGCAUUAACGGAAGAGCAUGAGAAUAUCCUAAGAAACAGGGAAAAUAAGGAGACUGGACUUACAUGGAAAGAAUACAAAUCGAUGACAUUCACGUUUCAGCUUAUAAAUGAAACAGUUCGGCUGGCUAACAUAGUUCCAGGAGUAUUCAGAAAAGCACUAAAGGACAUCAAGUUUAAAGACUACACGAUUCCAGCUGGUUGGGCAGUAAUGGUAUGUCCCCCAGCCGUCCACUUAAACCCCGCCAACUAUAAAGAUCCGCUAGAAUUCAAUCCAUGGAGAUGGGAGAGGAUGGAUCAGAAAGGUGCAUCGAAGAAUUUUAUGGCUUUUGGAGGUGGUAUGAGGUUUUGCGUUGGAACUGACUUCACUAAAGUGCAGAUGGCCGUCUUUCUCCACUGUUUAGUUACCAAAUACAGGUGGCGAACAGUCAGAGGAGGCGAAAUUCUACGUACACCUGGCUUACAGUUCCCAAAUGGCUUCCAUGUUGAGGUCACUGUGAAAGAUAAACAGAAUCAAGGUCCAACAUCAGAAUCUGAUACUAAUCCGACAAACGAAGAGAGAAUUAUUGAUAUGUCUAGCUCCACAAUACCAACAAAUUAGACACUUCCAAACAGGAUUUGUAUCUUGAAGUUGCAGAAAAGCUGACAGCAGACAAUAGGCUCCUGUUGCGUAGAAAAGUUGGCAAGACAAUUGCCAAGUUCUUGGAACAGUAAUCAAGCUGAGGAUAAUUUUACUCAGGAUCAUGUAAAGCUCAAUGCUUUUCAAGUGCUUUGAUAUUAGAAAAUGUAUAAGUUUACAGAAAGAAGAAAUGAGAAAUGUACAAGGUUAUAUAU